GCCCCCCCCACUGCUUUCCAUUUCAGCUCCCUCGCCAUGGCUGCAGUGCCGCAGAGAAUACUCAACUGGCUCUAUGGCGUCUUGACACGAGAUCACUACGACCCCAGACUAACAUACCAAGACCCCAACCGCGCCUACCAUGAUGUCGCCAACGCCCUCGCUCAAUAUCCGACUCUUGCGCCUCGAACUGAGGUCUAUACCUACGAAACUGGCUUCUCGGCUCUGCUCCUCCAGUUAUCGGGCACUCUCCCAGUCUCAUUUCGUGGCACCGUUUACAGAUUUCCAGUAACAUUGUGGAUACCGACUACCUACCCUCGAGAGCCUCCAAUCGUCUACGUCACUCCGACCCCUGAGAUGGCGGUCCGUGUAGGGCAGCAUGUAACGCUGGAAGGGAGGGUUUACCAUCACUACCUGGCACACUGGGCUGAAGCAUGGGAGAGAUCAUCUCUCGUCGACUUCUUGUUCAUCCUGCGAGAGGUCUUCGCGAAGGAGCCGCCCGUGAGAUAUAAGCAACAGGCACCCGUACAGCAGCAACCACAGCAGGCACAGGUGCAGGCACCUCCUCCUCUACCGCCAUUACCGCCCGAACUCGAAUCAUCUCCUCGGACUCAGAGCCCGUCCGUUGCGCCCAUGCAGCGUCCUACUCCAGUGCCACCUCCACCGCCUCCGAAGCCCGGCCAGACUCCAGACCCAGGAUCACCAUCACAACAGCCCUCAUCCGCAGGGCGAUACAACACUCCCCCUCCGCUUCCGCCACUACCACCCAAGGAACAAGACCUGCGAAGGCUGUCUUUUCAGCAGCAAUCCGGCAUCAAUAUUCCUGGAUCUCGCCCGUCGCAGUAUUCUCCUGAGCACAGCAGGCCUCCACUCCAGCCGAAUCCAAGUCAAUACCAGCACCCGCAACAUGCUCCUCCACCGGCGACUAGACACCAUCCGGGACAGGCAUACGCUCAGCCUAUGAGCAAUACGCCCACCGUGCCAUCACAAGAUCUUGGGCACAUGCCUCAUCAGCCUAUCCCGGCUCAAACACCAUCACGACAAACACCUCUGCCACAUCCUGCAUACUCUCAAAGACCAUCCCAGCAGGCCCCCACCCAGCCCAUAGCUCAACCCCAACAUCAACAGCCGCUCCCUGUGCAGCAGCGUCCUAAAUCCGAAACACCCGAUCUCCUCACCUCGCCUUUCGAGCUCGAGCUUCCUUCAUUUGCUCCAACCGGCCCUGCGCCGCCGAUCCCACCUAAUCCUGAAAAGGACGCUCUCCUCCAAGCAGUCUCCAAGACUCUCUCCGAAACCCUGCAGACCAACAUUGCCCAGUCUGAAUCGGCAGCGCAUUCCCUUCUUUCUCAGUCUCACUCCCUCCACGCUGCCAUUGCGACGCUUCAAGGGGAGAUAUCCUCUUUGAAUGCCCUGAACGCGACUCUUCAAUCGAACACUUCCAUUCUUCAACAGACACUCCACCGCGCGGACGGGGUGAUUGGCGAUGCUCAGACGCGUAUUUCCUCGCUAUCGGGAGCGCCUUCGUCGGGCACCGGCGAAGCGUCCACGGUAGCUUCCGGGCUGCCCCCCAUCGACGAAGUUCUUGUUGCGCCAACUGUUGUUGGGAAACAGCUGUACGAUCUGGUGGCGGAGGAGCGCGGCAUUCAGCAAGCUAUCUAUGCUCUUCAGGCCGCCUUGGUGAAGGGGGUCAUUGGAGUGGAGACCUGGUCACGGCAUACACGCGGACUUGCGCGCGAGGCUUACCUGAAGAGGGCCUUAAUUCGCAAGAUCGGGAAGGGGAUGGGGCUGGAAGUCGAGGAGGCCUUUUGAGCAAGGCGGAUAUUUAACUGGCUAUUACCUUGCUUGAUAAUGUGGUUUACGUCGAAGUUAAUUGUAGAUAGAGGCACAACUGACGGCUAUGAAUUCUUUGAUGGUGAGGCUGGAAUGUAUAUAUAUGAGUUGGUCUAACGUGCCGGAGAAGAUUUCUAAAAUAGUAGUCAACUAGUACAUACAUCUCUCACUCGACAGAUGCCAGUGGAACACUUGGCAAUAGUAUUCAUCGAAAUGUUGGACUGGUUUGCAUGAUGAGAAGGACCACUAUUUUGAUAGUCCGCACGCAUGUUGGUACCCUCACUGAUCUCCAUUCCCGCCUGGAACCCGAGGCACUGCCUUACCUACCAUCCGGGCCAACCACUUUUUUGGCUCAGCCCUUGAUCAUGCAACUCACAGUGCCCGUGUCUAUUCUUAGGCUGUGUUAUGCUGUUGCAGUGCUAUUUCCAACGCGGCAUUAGACUAGAAUUGUGAACAAAUGAAG